AUGGAGUGGAACCAAAGUGAGAAUCGCCCUUUCAAGCAAAGGAAACGUUUAGCUACUCGGAUACGUGAAGCAACUGACAUCCGGGCCAAAUAUCCAAACAAGAUCCCGGUCAUAGUGGAGCGUUACCAAAAGGAGAAGUCUCUCCCUAAGUUGGACAGGACCAAGUUUUUGGUUUCUGAGGAUAUAUCCAUAUCUCAGUUCAUCUUUACUCUCAGAAACCGUAUGUCCCUCACAUCGACUCAGGCCUUCUAUCUGCUGGUGAACAACAAUUGCCUGCCUUGCCAGAGUAUGACAGUUGCAGAGGUCUAUCGGGACAACAAAGAUGAAGAUGGCUUCCUCUAUGUGACCUAUGCUUCUCAAGAGAUGUUUGGUGGUGACUAUGGCAGUGACAAAGAUCAGUGA